AUGCCGCUCGAGGCUACCAUGAUCGUCCUCGACGAUUCCGAGUGGAUGAGGAACGGCGACUUCCCUCCUUCUCGAUGGGAAGCACAGAACGAUGCAACGAGGAUUCUCUUCGACGCAAAAGUAGGAAGCAAUCCUGAGAGCAAAGUUGGCCUCAUGACCAUGGCAGGUAAAGGACCACGAGUCCUUGCCUCGCUCACUCAGGAAAUGGGCAAGAUCGUCUCUUCGCUUCACGGCGCGACACUCUCUGGAUCCGCAGAUGUACCCACUGCCAUCAACAUUGCCCAGCUCGCUCUCAAGCAUCGUCAGAACAAGUCUCAGCAUCAGCGUAUCGUCGUCUUCAUCGGUUCGCCCAUCAAGCAGUCGACGUCACGCGAUGACCUCAUCGCAUUGGGCAAAAAAUUGAAGAAGAAUAACGUCGCUCUAGAUGUAGUCAGCUUCGGUGAGGAACAGCAGAACGCCGACAAGCUAGAAGCACUCCUCGAGAGCGUCAAUAGCGGCGACAACAGCCACCUCGUGACCGUCUCGGCCUCUCAGCAUCAGCUGCUCUCAGACGUGCUUCUCUCCUCGCAAAUCCUCAUCGAUGGCGCUGGCCCCUCGGGAGCUGGCGGCGCAGGAGCCGGAGGUAGCGGAGGUGAAGGAGGAAACGAGUGGGGCGUAGAUCCCAACAUGGACCCAGAGCUGGCCAUGGCUCUUCGCAUGUCUCUAGAGGAAGAACAAGCACGUCAGCGCGCAGCAGAAGGCUCUGUCGCUGCUUCGGGCUCAAACGCAGCUUCCCUCCCUACCGUGUCAGAGACACAAGAGGCGCCAUCAACGACGGCCUCGGCUUCGACUUCCGCCGCCGCGCCGCCGCAAGCAGGGGGACCUACCGCCCCCGCAGCAGGCAUGCCCUCUGGCGGCUCUCUUGUACCUCCUGGCGCCGAUGCCCUCAGUGGUACCAGUGCAGGAGCAGGUAAUGACGGCGAAGACGACGAAGAUGCCAUGCUACAGCGUGCCUUGGCGCUCUCGGCACAGCCGCAAGAAGAGGGUCAAGCGGUACCGACGCAAACAGAGUCAGCAGAGUCGGGACGGCACGACGAGGACGUAGAGAUGGGCGGUGCUGGUGCUACUGUUGCAACGAACGAGGACGAAGACGAGGAGAUGACAGAGGAGGAGGCUAUUGCACACGCAAUCCAGAUGAGCUUGCAAGAUGCACAGCCUCCUCAGGACGGCAAGCCAAGGGGAGGAGCGGGUUCGGGCAAGUGAGAGGGCACGGGGGUGGGGAACCUCUUUGUUCGUAGAGCAUGACUCCCGCACUGCUCGGGGAGCAGAGGAUGAAGUGUAGUCGGUCAUGAGAAAGAAAGAAGGGGCGAGCCUGUCCUACUGAAUUCUCAUACUCAUCAUAGUCGCACGCACAAAGGGCCUAGAAUUCACACGUUGCGCGCGUGGAUCCCGAUGAAACAGACAAAAGAUGGUAUUCGACGGCGUACGGCUUGUCGGAGGGGAACUUGCUUGGCCCUUUGUCCGCGUACGAAGUAGGCGGCGUAUAAGGCAGACGUGGACCAAAGAUACGGACCAUGAGAGAUCUCGCGCUCGUUGCGUUUCGCGCUAGCACGUUCGCUGUCGGACGGUGGCCAUCAGAAGUCCUCAGCACUUUGUCGUGCUUUCACUG